GGUCCAAUCAACGUAAACGUAGGAGGGCGCUAAAAUGGAUGACGUUCCUCCACAGCUUAUUGUUGUGCAUUGCGAUGAUCGCAGGAAGGGGCGGCAGGAACGUCUCACGUAAACGUUAACAAAGUAUUACUUUAGAGUGAUGAACAGGAUUCGGAUCCACGUGCUGCCGUCCAGCAGAGGUCGAGUGACUCAAGCUGCUCGUGCUCAAGAACCUCAAACCUGCUCUUACACCCAGAGACCCUGUUCACAGCCUCGCCUGGAGGGCCUGGAGUUCUGCAUCAAACACGUGCUUGAAGACAAAAAUGCUCCUUAUAGGCAGUGCAGCUAUGUGUCCAACAAAAAUGGCAAGCGCUGCCCCAAUGCAGCCCCAAAACCAGAGAAAAAAGAGGGGGUGUCGUUCUGUGCUGAACAUGCACGCAGAAAUGCUUUGGUUCAGCAAGCUCAGAUGCGGAAGGCGUCAGCUUCGGGACCUUCCCCUGAAGUCUUAUUGUCUCAGCUCAGUGGCUACAGUCGGCCAGAAACUGGAGUUCACAGUCAAGAGGGCCGUAGUGAAGCUAGUCGCAUACUAGAUGAAGAGAGUUGGAGUGAAGAGGAGCAGGAUCCUGUUGUUUUGGAUCAGACAUGGAGAGGAGACCCUGACAGUGAAGAUGAAAGUCUUGACAGUGACCAUGAAGACCCUUUAAAGCAUGCGGGUGUGUACACAGCAGAGGAAGUGGCACUCAUCACACGCGAAAAGCUAAUCAGACUUCAGUCCCUCUACAUCGACCAAUUUAAACGUCUUCAACACUUAUUAAAAGAAAAAAAACGGCGCUACUUGCACAGCCGCAAGAUUGAACAUGAGACAAUUGGGAGCAGUCUGUUAACUGGUCCAGAGGGGCUGUCCACGAAGGAACGAGAGAACCUGAAAAAAUUAAAGGCUCUGCGACGAUAUCGUCGUCGCUAUGGUGUGGAGGCUUUGCUGCAUCGCCAGCUCAGACAGCGAAGACAAGCCAUUACUGAGGGAGGAACACAGCAGGCAAUGCGUUUAGGCCAGAGAUGCAUUUCCUUUGUGGAAGGGACUCGUUGCUCAAAUCCAUGUCUGCCAAUGACACGACAUUGUGUCUCUCACAUUUAUCAAGACAGCAGCCAAGUUCUAUUCAAAAUGUGCCCCGGUCUGAAGGACGUACCAUGUGAUCGGCCUGUGCACAUGGGACAGUCAGAAGAGCCCCGCUGUCCUUUGCACCUGUCCCUGCCUCCGCCCAUGUACCAGUCUGAGCAGGAGUCUAUUGCCCCGGAGCAGCUGGCGUCUGCACCCACAGACAUGUACCUCAGUGCCGCAGAGCUCCAGCCCACAGAAAAUCUACCUCUGGAAUUCAGUGAUGAUCUUGACGUUGAAGAUGAGGGUUUGCAGUGUCCCCCGUCCCCCCUGCUGUUCGACACAGCGCUUGCGUUAGAAGACCAAACCAUCAGAGAGAUCGCAGAGGCCCCCAUGGACAUUCUGACAGGGGCGGAGCAGGGCGAUCUAGACGGCUCUACCCAAGAUGCUGACCUCUCAGAGAGAGACGAGGUGUCUGUGGACGAUCAGGUUGAAUCUGAAAUACUUGAAGCAGUUGGACAAGCGGUUCCCAUGCAGAAUUCAUCAAAGGACUCUGACACGAAAACAACAGAUGCCUUAUCCUGAGCACCUCGUGACCUGAUUUCUCAGCUGCCGUACUGUUGAUGUUUCAAACAGUCCAGAUAUCUAUUUAAAAGCCAUAUUUCCGGACAUUUGCUUUCAUUGCUGAAACAUUUUUAAACUAACAUUCUCGUUACUUAAAAUAGCACAAUAGCACAUGUUCUGAUAUAGACUGUAAGCGUCUUGUGAAACUAAACGGACCGUUAUAUGCACAGUUUGUGUUUGGUAAGAUAAAGAGGUACGCAUUUCACUACAAAAACUCUCUAAGCACCGUCUCCACUCUUAUCCAGUACAUUUCUGGUUCCAUAUGAUAUUCAUGACUCAUACUGGGAUUUGUUCACUAAAAUAAACCUUUACAUCUCA